UAUGGAGCCGUCACCAAGAAGUAUUUUAAAACUAAAAACCGAAAUGUUUUCAAAUGUGGAGCAGGUUUUAACUGAGGCUUUGUUGUAAAUUAGGAAACAGAGGCUAUGUUCCAAAUUGCACCCUUUUUACUUUUAGUACAUACUGCUGCUGUCCUUACAAAGUACGCACUGUUGUAUGCAGUAUUGUGACUUACUAUUUGGCCUUGACCUUUGACCCUCUUGCUCAUAUAUCUGCUGCACAGAGGAUUGUGGGUCAGAACAGCCAGAAAAGCAUGUUUACUUGCAUUCUGCAAAAUGCGACCAGAUGUAGUAGGACAUUCUGUUAUUUGUUGGCAUACCGCAUUUGACAUACUAUGUAUUGGGACAUAGGAAAUAUUUUUCUGUCAUACUAAAUAGUAUGGUAGUAUGGGUAUUGGAACACACAGAGUUAAAAUUCACAAGCUCCUCUUCCUGGAAUGACUCAUAGCUUUAUAACCCCUCCCUCCUCUUCCUGCUCUCAAACACAGACAGCUCCACUCGGUCCGCUUAUUUCUUUGUUCCCUCCCCUUCAGAUUUACAGUUUGAAAGAGGGUGUAACAAAGAUGGUGAGAGCUGACAGGCUCCAUUCACUGCACAAACAUGUUGUUUAGAUCAGACUUCAAACUAGAUUCAUUUCUCAGGAAGUUAAACUCAGACAGUCGUUGCUACUGAGGUGAAAUGGCGCAGAAAGGAGUUCAGCUGGACCGAGACUCAUUCUCUUGUUCGAUCUGUCUGGAUCUACUGAAGGAUCCGGUGGCUACUUCCUGUGGACACAGCUACUGCAUGAACUGUAUUAAAGGCUUCUGGGAUGGAGAGGAUGAGAAGAAGAUCUACAGCUGCCCUCAGUGUAGGCAGACCUUCACACCGAGGCCUGUCCUGAUGAAAAACACCAUGUUAGCAGUUUUAGUGGAGGAACUGAAGAAGACUGGACUCCAAGCUGCUCCUGCUGAUCACUGCUAUGCUGGACCUGAAGAUGUGACCUGUGAUGUCUGCACUGGGAGGAAACUGAAAGCCUUCAAAUCCUGUCUGGUGUGUCUGGCCUCUUACUGUGAGAAACACCUCCAGCUUCAUUAUGACUCAGUUCCAUUAAAGAAACACAAGCUGGUGGAGCCCUCCAAGAAGCUCCAGGAGAACAUCUGCUCUCGUCACGAUGAGGUGAUGAAAAUGUUCUGUCGUACUGAUCAGCAGUGUAUCUGUUAUCUCUGCUCUGUGGAUGAACAUAAAGGCCACGACACCGUCUCAGCUGCAGCAGAAAGGACCGAGAGGCAGAGAGAGCUGGAGGUGAGUCGACUCAACAUCCAGCAGAGGAUCCAGGACAGAGAGAAAGAUGUAAAGCUGCUCCAACAGGAGGUGGAGGCUGUCAAUCGCUCUGCUGAUAAAGCAGUGGAGGACAGUGAGAAGAUCUUCACCGAGCUGAUCCGUCUCAUGGAGAAAAGAAGCUGUGAUGUGAAGCAGCAGGUCAGAUCCCAGCAGGAAAGUGAAGUGAGUCGAGUCAAAGAGCUUCAGGAGAAGCUGGAGCAGGAGAUCACUGAGCUGAAGAGGAGAGACGUUGAGUUGAAGCUGCUGUCACACACAGAGGAUCACAACCAGUUUCUACUCAGCUACUCCUCACUGUCACCGCUCAGCGAGUCUACAUCCAGCAUCAAUAUCCGUCCUCGGCGCUACUUUGAGGACGUGACGGCGGCUUUGACAGAAGUCAGAGAUAAACUACAGGACGUUCUGAGAGAGAAAUGGACAAACAUCUCACAGACAGUCACUGAAGUGGAUGUUUUACUGUCACAACCAGAGCCCAAGACCAGAGCUGGAUUCUUACAAUAUUCACGUGAAAUCACACUGGAUCCAAACACAGCAUACACACAGCUGUUAUUAUCUGAGGGGAACAGAAAAGCAACAUUUACGAUGCAACAACAGUCUUAUUCUAGUCACCCAGACAGAUUCACUGAUUGUCAUCAGGUCCUGAGUAGAGAGAGUCUGACUGAACGUUGUUACUGGGAGGUGGAGUGGAGGGAGAGAGCAGUUGAUGUAGCAGUCGCAUACAAGAGUAUCAGGAGAGCAGGAAGCUGCGAUGAAUGUUGGUUUGGAUGGAAUGACAUAUCUUGGGCAUUAAGAUGUGACAACAACAAUUAUAAUUUUUUGUACAACAAAGUCGAAUCUCCCAUCUCAGGUCCUCGGUCCUCCAGAGUAGGAGUGUACCUGGAUCACAUUGCAGGUAUUCUGUCCUUCUACAGCGUCUCUGAAACCAUGACUCUCCUCCACAGAGUCCAGACCACAUUCACUGAGCCUCUCUAUGCUGGACUUUGUCUUUAUUAUGAUGGAGACACUGCUGAGUUCUAUAAACUGAAAUAGACAGAAGUCAUUUAAGGGUUAAAUUCUGUGUUUUAACUCUUAAACUCAUUUUGUCUCCAUGUUUGUUGCUACUUUGACAUCUUCUCAUGAGUUGUUCUGUAAAUGUGUGAGUGUCUUCAGGUGGCGCUCCUUCCUGUGUCUGUUUCACUGCUCAUGAUGAUCUUUGUUCACCUGAACUGAUAAUUCUCUACAUGAAUAUAUUAACUUCUCGGUGCUCUAAAAGAUAUUUUAGGGAAAAAAACUAUAUUACAUUGACUUUUAUUUGUUUGACAGACCUAUGAGCUUUAUAAAACUGUAAUCAUCAUGAUCAUAAUAAAUGAGAUCCUUCAUUAUUCUCGUUCACAUCGCUGAGAUUCUGCUCAAACAAACUGAUUGUGUUGAUGAAGUGAAUCUGAACAUGAGAUCAUUGAAUGAGAGUCAUUUAAUAGACUUUACUGAUGGGAUGUGUGAACAAACUAAAGGAUUUACAUGAUGAAUAAACAAACAUGAACAAA